AUGGCGUCCACCUUGGAAUCUGAAGCCUCAUUCAAGGCCAGAGCAAAGGAGAUUGGGUUGGCCGAGACAGUUGUGAAUGAACUGGUCGCAAAUGGCGUGAGAUCUUUCGGAUCAUUGGCCUUCAUCACCCCCUAUCGACCGGGCCAGUCCGACGAGGCCCCACUGAUAGAGGCUUUAAAGAAGGUGCUGAAUAGGGACCCAACAAACCCAGAGUUGAUCAUUUUGAGACGCUUGUUUUUCGAGAGUUGCACAUUAGCUUUGUCCGACAUGAAGCAGCGCACUGAACGUGACGACACUUCAGAGCCAGCAAGGAUGCCAGAGCUCAAGGUGCACAGUGCCAACAUGUUAGCCAAGUUUGCCGUCUUUCUUUUGCAGAAAGGUUUAGAAUGGGAGUCCAUCGUGUGCAUUGAGAACCCCUUGAAUAGCUGGAUGUGGGUAGUCCUUCAACAUUUUGUGAAUGAGACUCAGUGCCCGGCUGUCACACGUGCUUGGGAUGCCAUGUUUGACGUUGUUUUCAGUGAAAGCGAGUAUCUGCUGCUCCUUUGUCAGCGAUUCGUUGCACUCAUCAAGAGCCACUUGGUGUCAACGUUUUCCUUCAAUCCGCAAGUCGCGCAGCCUGGAGCGCGCCAGCAAUCUCGCAAGCAUCGAGCUUUGAUUCCCGAAUACCAUAGGUUCCAUUUGUCACUGCCAGAGCACGCCAGAGAAGUGCUGAAAGGUAAGAGAUUGCUCCUGUUCAAACAUUUGCUCCAAGAAUCCGGGUGCCCUGACCUGGAAGCCUUCGACUUAAUGCAGGGAGUACAUCUCGUGGGGGUGGCAACAAGAUCGCCCUUUUUCGGAGACAAAAUUGUGCCAGCUACCACCACGCCAGAGUUUGCUGUGUUGUCAAACAAAUGGCAACGGAAAAAGAUCGAAGCAAAGAACAUCCAUGCUGACGAUCCUGAGCUGUCCAAAACCCUAUGGGAAACGACUAUGCAGGAAGUUGACCGCGGUUUUUUGCAAGGGCCGUACGAGUCGCUUGAAGAGGUGCACCAAGUCUUGGAGGCCAAAGGCACAGUGUGUAGUAGAAGAUUUGCCAUAAUGCAGAGUGGGAAACCUCGCAUAAUCGACGACUUGAAGGAGAGUGGUGUAAAUAGAGCUUUCACAGCAGUAGAUCGCUUGACCUUGCACGACAUUGAUUAUGUGACUUCCUUUUGCCAUUUCAUCACGACUACCAUCAAACAUGCUUUGGAAUCCUCGGAGAAAACAGUAGAAGUGAAGUUGAAGGAUGGUUCAAUUCUUCGAGGUUCAUUGCAUUCAGACUUCCAUGAGCCAUGCGUGUGGAAGGGCCGUUGUAUUGACCUGUCAAAGGCAUACAAGCAGAUCCCUGUCAGCAGCCAGUCCAGGAAGUUUGCAGUGCUGAUGGUGCACCAUUUCGAGACAGAGAGGCCUGUGUAUUUCCUGAGCCGAAGCUUGCCCUUUGGGGCAAGUGCGAGCGUUUUUGGUUUCAACCGCAUCUCCAAAAGCUUGUGGCACAUUGCUACGAAAGGAUGCUUGAUGAUGGGAGGCGUGUUUUUCGAUGACUUCCCUAUCGUAGAGCCGGAGUCCUUGUGCUCCCUUGCAUCGAAAUCGGUAGAGGGUUUGCUGAAAGCUUUGGGGUGGCAAUAUUCAGAUGAUCCGAAGAAAGUCGUUCCCUUCGAUUGUGCUUUUGACGUGCUUGGAACCAGGAUUGAUGUUUCAGGACUGCAUGGAAGAUCUUUCAGCAUAGAAAACAAGCAGUCAAGGUUGGAAAGAAUAGAUGCCUUGCUGAAAGAAGUGCAAGAAGCAGAUGCGAUUUCCAAACGCCAAGCUCAGGUGAUCCACGGAAACUUGAACUUCGCGAUGAGCUUCUUUUUGGGACAUACCAUGAGAAUUGCUGCCAGAGCGUUCGCUGCCCUUACGAUGGACAGUUGCAAACCGGCUCCAGGCCAGAUCACUGACCUGUGUACAUGGGCCACGGGGGUUUUGCAGUUUUUGGCACCAAAGGUCAUAGAUCCCAGUGGUGAUCCCAGACCGGUUGUCCUUUUCACAGACGCUGCGUAUGAAGAUGAUGUAGCGACUUGGGGAAUGGUUUUGCUGGACCCUGUCACCGACACCAGAACCGCUGUGGGUGGCCGAGUUCCAGACUUCCUUGUGCAGAAAUGGCAUGCGUUGGGGAGUGAUCAGGUGAUAACGCUUGCCGAAGCUUUUGCCGCGUUGCUGGCGCGGAUUGUCUUCAGAAGCUAUAUAUCUCAACGGAGAGUCUUGAUUUUUGUAGACAACGAAGGAGCUCGUCACUGCCUGAUCAAGGCUACAAGCCAGACGUUAGCUUUGUUGCAGAUAGUACAACUUUUCCAUGGCUGCGCUGAAGUUGAUCGCUGCAUACCUUGGAUAGAACGAGUGCCAUCAGCUUCGAAUGUUGCAGACUUGCCAAGUCGAAACAAGACCGAAGAAGCCAUAGCCAUAAUAGAUGGCAGUCCUUGGACCUCAGAAGUGGAUGUAGAAGCUGUGGCUGAGAUGUGUUGCAAUUUCAAUGGAUUGCCCAGGAUCCUAACGAAACUUACAUGCAAUGCCUUUGAAGCUUCUUUUGAUCCACUUUUACAUGACGACAACACAGGGGACUAA